AUGGCUACGUCUCAAACCUGGCUCAUCACCGGUGCCUCCUCCGGCUUCGGCACCAUCCUCGCAGAAGCCGUGCUCAAAGCCGGUCACCGCGUCAUCGCGACAGCUCGCGAUCCCGUCAAAGCCGCACAGACGCAUCCUCAGAUUGAGUCGCUAGGAGGCGUCUGGUUGCAACUAGACGUCACACGUGCGGACGCGAAGCAGACGGUCGAAGAUACCGUCCGGGAACAGGGACGGAUCGAUGUCGUGGUCAACAACGCGGGCUACGGCUUGUUUGGAUCUGUGGAGGAUAUGAGUGAGGAGGAAAUCCACCAACAGAUCAAUACGAACGUCUACGGGCCAAUCCGAGUCAUCAAAGCGGUUUUGCCGUUCAUGCGUGCUCAAAAGUCCGGCACAAUCGUCAACAUCAGCAGUAUCGCGGGUCUACAAGCUCGACCUUCUGUCGCGCUCUACAAUGCCAGCAAGUUUGCUCUCGAGGGUUUCUCCGAAGCCCUGUCCCAGGAAGUCGCCCCAUUCAACAUCCGCGUCCUCAUCGUUGAGCCGGGCAUGUUUCGCACCAACUUCCUCUCUGCCUCUCAAGCCCCCGCCGCCGGGUUGAACCCCGCCUACCAGGGAACAAUCCUCGAACAGGCAUUACAGGCCUAUGGAACCUUUGAUGGAAGACAAGCCGGGGAUCCAGUCAAGGCUGUUGAGCGUCUCAUCGACGUGGCCCAGGGCACAGGCGUUGGCGCGGGCAAGACGCAUCUGCUCCGCUUGCCGCUGGGUCGGGACAGCAUCGCACGGGCCAGAACCAAGCUGGAGGAAUUGAGGAAGAAUCUGGAUGAGAUGGAGGAGAUUGCCUCAAGCACCGACUAUUAG